CUAAAUUCGAUUCUUUAUCGCAAAAGAUCUCCAAAACCCUGAAAAUUUGAGUGCCCAUUUCCCAAGGAACCAUGACGGCGGUCCUCCGCUCACCAUCUUCCUCGCCCUCUUCAUCUUCUCAUCCUCCUCCUCCGCCUCCAUUGUUUCGGGCUUUUGCAGACGGAGAAGAUGAAGGCAAUGGAGAUGCUAAAGAGAGAGAUGAGAUAUCUCUGUUGGCUCUUCUACUGGCUUUUUUCAGAAAGAGUUUCUGGUUGGCUUGCAAGACGGACAGGGGGGAGCUCUGCGAUCCCGCUUCUUCUGGCGGCAUGGAGAUUGGAUGGCCCACUAAUGUGCGCCAUGUUGCACACGUCACCUUCGAUAGAUUUAAUGGGUUUCUUGGUUUGCCUGUGGAGUUUGAGCCUGAGGUUUCCAGAAGGGCCCCUAGUGCAAGUGCCACCGUUUUUGGAGUGUCAACCGAAUCAAUGCAAUUAUCAUUUGAUUCGAGAGGGAACAGCAUUCCAACUAUUCUCAUACUCAUGCAAAGGUGUCUUUAUGCUCAAGGGGGCCUGCAGGCAGAAGGGAUUUUCAGAAUAAAUGCAGAGAAUGGGCAGGAGGAACACGUAAGAGAGCAACUAAACAGAGGAGUAAUCCCUCAAGGCAUUGAUGUGCACUGUUUGGCAGGCCUUAUCAAGGCUUGGUUCCGCGAACUGCCAAACGGGGUGUUGGACUCUCUAUCUCAGGAGCAGGUAAUCCAAUGCCAGUCUGAAGAGGAUUGUACUGCACUGGUCAGACUCCUGCGGCCCACAGAAGCUUCUCUGCUGGAUUGGGCCAUCAACUUGAUGGCUGAUGUUGUCCAAGAAGAAGCCCGCAAUAAGAUGAACGCACGGAACAUAGCCAUGGUGUUUGCUCCAAACAUGACUCAGAUGGCAGACCCAUUGACUGCACUCAUGUAUGCAGUCCAGGUGAUGAACUUCUUGAAAAUGCUUAUCGAGAAGACAUUACGAGAAAGAAAAGAUUCUACUGUGGACCCAGAACCGGGUCCCGGCAUGGAUCCAUCCGGGGAGAACGGUCACCAGAAUCCUCCCAACCUCAUCCUGCAGGAGGACACAUGCAACCCGACCGACGAAGAAUACCUCAGUUACUCAGAUUCAUCCGAUGAAUCCGAAACCAGAGAGAUGGGUGUUUUGGACGGUUGGAUGAUGUCCAAAGAGCAGAGGGACAGGAAAUUAUUGGGUCAUCAGUCUAGCGGUGUGGUGGGAAGUGAUGACAGCAACAACAAAUGCAGAGGAGUUAACAAUUUGAGCCGUAUCAGUUCCACGACAGAGUGGAUAGAAGCAUGGAGGUAAUGAGAUGUCACCUUCUUCUUCUUCUCUGUUUGGCUGUGGAAAACUGUGAAGCUGUACGUGCUCGGUUGUUUUAGUGUUGAGUGGUUUUAC